CCAGGUAUUGCCGAAAGAAUGCAAAAGGAAAUCACCGCUUUGGCUCCAUCUUCUAUGAAGGUUAAGAUCAUUGCUCCACCAGAGAGAAAGUACUCUGUCUGGAUUGGUGGUUCUAUCUUGGCUUCUUUGACUACUUUCCAACAAAUGUGGAUCUCAAAGCAAGAAUACGACGAAAGUGGUCCAUCUAUCGUUCACCACAAAUGUUUCUAA